AUGUCAAGUAGUAGGGAUACUCAUUGGUGCUAUAAUUGCAUGAAGUCGGUUCGAUUGGGACGGCGGCAUGCAGUUUGCUCUAGUUGUGAUGGGGGAUUUGUUCAAGAUCUUGAUGAUAUGGUUCAUGGUAGCCCUCCAGACUUUCAUGGAGUGGACAGUGAUGAAGAGCUUGGACAAAGGUAUGGACUAAUGGCUGAAAAUAUCAGGGCACGAUCGGAUUCAAUUCCCGAAAACGGUCCAAGGUUUACUACUCCUUUGUUAAUCUAUGGUGGCCAAAUUCCAUCCAGGUUUUCUAGACAAGGUGGCAUUGAAGCUCUCUUAAACGGAACUCCUGGAGUUGGUGUGACUAGAGAUAACUCAGGCGACUAUUUUAUCGGCCCUGGAGUUACAGAACUGUUUGAACAGCUUUCGGCUAAUGACCAGCGAGGUCCCCCGCCUGCAUCGAGAUCCUCUAUAGCUGCAAUUCCUACUGUCAAGAUUGCAUUGAAGCAUCUUCAGUCAGAUCCAUCGUGUUCGGUAUGCCAAGAUGACUUUGAGCUGGGGUCUGAAGCAAAACAAAUGCCAUGUAAGCAUAUGUUUCACUCAGACUGUAUCGUGCCGUGGUUGGUUCAGCAUAACACCUGCCCUGUUUGCCGUCAAGAAUUGCCACCGCAGGGAUCGAGCGGUAACCGUAGCUCGAGUAGAAGCAGUGGAAGAAGGAGAAAUCCUUUUUCCUUUUUGUGGCCUUUUGGUUCUUCUAAUUCUAGAAGUAAUAAUAGAGCAACGGAAUGA